AUGAGCUCCAAGGGAAUGGACAUCGUUGAUUGCUUUGCGCACGACAUUUUCGAGCGGUUGGUGGACGAAGCGACGCGACUCAUGCGGUUGAACAGCCGAAACACCAUGACCAGCAGGGAAAUGCAGACCGCGUGCCGAUUGAUCUUGCCAGGUAUAGGAUUAAGUUUAGAAUAUCAUGUUGUAGUAUGAGUGACUGCAUUACAGAAAUGAUAUAGUCAUGCUCGUUCUUGCUACACAAGUUGUAGUCCUUUUGCAGCUACUACACACGUUGCACUGAUAGAAACAUGUUGUUUGUCAUGCAUAAUUUAUCCCCAUCUUACAACUAUCAGGUCAACUGGCACAGCACGCGAUUCAGGACGGCACCCAGGCGGUGCGCAAUUACGACGAAGCGUGUGGCAAGGUCCGAGACGACGAUAUUUUCCGAAAUAACGAGGACGGUGGGCAGUCGGUGGCGUCUUCUAGAAUGAUGGGCGAGGAUGAUACGGACGACGAGGACAGCGAGGGGGAUGAUGACGAUAUGGCAGAGAAGUUUAACAAGCAGAAGCGGAAGGCGGCGGGAGAUGACAAGUAUGCAUUGCAAAAGUAUCGUACUCGUAUAAAUGCAUUACAAGUUUCCUUAGCAUGAGGAAUGAAAUUUGUAAUGCGGAUUUGACUCAACAAAAAGAUUUGUAAUGCAUGAUUGCAAUACGAAUACGAUACUUUUGCACAGGAUAACAAGAUGAAGCUGCCGAAGAACAUGGACGAGGAUAUGAUGAUAUGCAUUGCAAAUAUGUCUGGGUCUGGAAAGCCUGGGAUUUGUGAUGCCAACUUUCGAUGAUACAAAAACCUGUAUUGCAUGAGCAGCAAACGGCACUGAGAUUGUUGCCACCUCCCGAAGAGGGCAUUUCUAAUGCAGGAUAGGCACGGGGAAAGAACCUUCGUAAAAGCUGUGAUGCUAGAGCAUGCAUCACAGACAUCGCGGGUCAUGCACUACUUGCCUGACAAAUUCCCCCAAUCUUCCAGACCCAGACAUAUUUGCACUCCAUAGAUGAUGUUUAUGGACAAAACGGACAAGAGCAUGGCAAACAAGGAAUCUUUUUUUGACGAUACCAAAUGGAAAUAUGUCUGGGUCUGGAAAGUUGGAACUUGUAAUGCUGGUCUUGCAUUUUUCCUGUGAAAUCUGUAUUGCAUGACCAAGAUGAACAAAAGUGGUAGCCUCUCAUGUCAUACAAACACGCAGUUUCUCAUGCGGAGUUCGUACGGGAAAGCGUUCUGCAAACUGGUCAUGCUUUCCUGCAAAAGGAAGUGUUUUCCUCUUGCGCAUUUUAGCAUCACAAAUUUCCAGACCCAGACAAAUUUGCAUUUGAUAGACGAGGCGGCCAUGAAGAAGGAGAAAAUUAUGGCGCAGUACCAUACGGACCAGAUGGGAGAUAUGAUGGGAAUGGAAAAAAUGGAAAUGCCGCAGUAAAAAUAACAGUUGGAGGUGGGUUCUUGAAACGCGCGGCGGGGGCGGAUAUUGAAAAAAAGCGAGGGAGACUAAAGCGAAAAGAGGACAGGAGUAGCGCAGCCGCAGGAACAAGAAGCAGUGUCAAAAAAUAAAGAGUUUCACGUUCUUUUCUAAACCAAAAAUCAUAUCGUUUUCAUCGUACAUCUUCUAAAUCCUAUUACAAAUCUCAAUGAUUUAUUUCCGUAUCUUGUUAUACAAUCCUAUGUCUCAUUCUCUUCUAAACAACAAUUCUUGAAAUUAAAAAGCAGCUUCACCAAUGUCCGUAAUUGUGUCAUAGUCAUCCUCUAGGCGUCCAAAGUAGACAAGUUUCGCAUUUUUCAUCGUCUUUCAUUGACCGCCCGAAAGCCGAGGCGUUUUCCCGUCCGGAGCAGGAGCAGAGACAGUCUGAAGUUUAUGUCGUUCUCAGGAAAAACAGCAUGCUGUUUUGAAAACUACUUCUAUUAUUUCAUAUCAAAAUUCAUGAUUUCCAUCUUCAGACCAACUUGCCACUUUGCCUUCGCUACUUUCUUCUCCAACAAAUGCGCAAGAAAUUCUUGCGUGUUGACAUUAUCGAAGCUUCUUGUCUUCUGCAUGCCCUGGAAGCAAAUCACUUGCAAGGCGAAGUAAGUCCUCGAGAACCGUCGAAGCCACUGACAGCUCCAGCAGAAAGCGAGAGGUGAUCUGGUUUCUUUCACCAGUAUGAUAACGCACUGCAGAUGAAAAACCAACGAGGCUAAGCAAAUGGCGUCGGCCAAAAUCUGAAGACUACGGAAUUAAAAUGAAAUGUUGAU